UGGAGGAAUAUCACCACGUGGUUAUGUUUGAGCCAAUGGAACAGCCGAAGAGAUCGUAAUCGUAUCGGCAGAUUAUGGGGCGACAAAAACGAGUGAGGUGGCAAAAGAAGACUGAUUUAUUUGGCGUAGAUCGCGCAGCCCUCUAAACUAUCUCGUAGCAACCAGGACAUCAUUUUACAUCCUAGGACGUAGCAUUCGCAUAAGAUAGUGAGCCUGUGAUUCGUCAUGUCGGCCAAAGCCAUCUCAGAGCAGACGGGGAAGGAGUUCCUCUACAAGCACAUCUGCACCUCGGCGGCCGUGCAGAACCGCUUCCGCUACGCCAAUGUCACCUCUGAGACGGACUGGGACCGCUUGACGCAGGACCACCCAUGGCUGCUCACUGAGCGAUUGGUGGUGAAGCCAGACCAGCUGAUCAAGUGCAGAGGGAAGCUGGGCCUGGUGGGUGUUAACCUAGACCUGGUGGGCGUGCAGGAGUGGCUCAAGCCCCGCCUCAUGAGGGAGACCACCGUGGCAAAAGCGAAAGGCAUCCUGAAGAACUUUCUCAUUGAACCGUUUGUUGCACAUACACAGGAGGAGGAGUUCUACAUAUGCAUCUACGCCACCCGAGAGGGCGACCACGUGCUCUUCCACCAUGAGGGAGGCGUUGAUGUGGGGGACGUGGACGCCAAGGCCCAGAGGCUGCUGGUGGGAGUUGACGACAAGCUGAGCGAGGACUCUGUCAAGGAGCAGCUCUUCAUGCAUGUCCCAGAAGACAAAAAAGAGGUCCUGGUCAGUUUUGUUGUGGGUCUCUUUAACCUGUAUGAGGACCUUUACUUCACUUACCUGGAGAUCAACCCACUGGUGGUCAACCAAGAUGGUGUGUUUGUCCUCGACAUGGCAGCCAAAAUUGAUGCCACGGCUGACUACAUCUGCAAGGCGAAGUGGGGUGACGUGGAGUUCCCCCCACCCUUUGGGAGAGAAGCCUACCCCGAGGAGGCUUAUAUCGCGGAUUUGGAUGCCAAGAGCGGGGCCAGUCUGAAGCUCACCAUCCUGAACCCCCUGGGAAGGAUCUGGACAAUGGUGGCAGGUGGAGGAGCCUCUGUAGUCUACAGUGACACCAUCUGUGACCUGGGUGGAGUGGAUGAGCUGGCCAACUACGGGGAGUAUUCGGGAGCGCCCAGCGAGCAACAGACCUACGACUACGCCAAGACCAUCCUCUCACUUAUGACCAGAGAGAAGCACCACGAAGGGAAAGUGCUGAUCAUCGGAGGAAGCAUCGCUAACUUCACAAACGUGGCGGCCACGUUCAAAGGCAUCGUCAGGGCUAUCAAAGACUACCAGGGACCCCUGAAGGAGAACGGAGUCACCAUAUUUGUGCGUCGCGGCGGCCCCAACUACCAGGAGGGCCUGAGAGUGAUGGGAGAAGUAGGUAAGACCACCGGUAUCCCCAUCUAUGUUUUCGGCACUGAGACCCACAUGACGGCCAUUGUCGGCAUGGCGCUGGGCCACCAGCCAAUCCCCAACCAGCCUCCAGUAGCCGCCCACACAGCCAACUUCCUGCUCAACUCCAGCACCAACUCCGCUAACCCAGCAUCUACCAGGACAGCCUCCUUCUCUGAGCCCAGAGCAGCUAACGAUGCCACGUUAGCUAAGGAGCCCAAAGCGGGCAUACCAGCAGCCGCUUCUCAUUAUCCGUGGCUGUGGCCUGUGAAGGAGGAAUUCACAGGAGACUGCUACGUCAAAGCCACCAUGCUGUUUAGCAGAAACACCAAAGCCAUCAUGUGGGGCAUGCAGACGCGGGCGGUGCAAGGCAUGCUCGACUUUGACUACGUGUGCUCGCGGGACGAGCCUUCUGUGGCGGCCAUCGUCUAUCCCUUCACCGGGGACCACAAGCAGAAGUUCUACUGGGGCCACAAGGAGAUCCUGAUUCCUGUUUAUAAGAACAUGGCCGACGCCAUGAAAAAGCACCCCGAAGUGGACGUGCUUAUAAGCUUUGCCUCGCUCCGCUCCGCCUUUGACAGCACCAUGGAAACCAUGCAGUACUCACAGAUCCACACCAUCGCCAUCAUAGCUGAGGGCAUCCCUGAAGCCCAGACAAGGAAGCUGAUCAAGAGGGCAGAUGAGAAAGGCAUCACAAUCAUCGGCCCAGCCACGGUUGGAGGCAUCAAACCCGGCUGCUUCAAGAUCGGGAACACGGGUGGAAUGCUGGACAACAUCUUGGCAUCCAAUCUGUACCGGCCAGGCAGCGUGGCCUACGUGUCCCGCUCAGGAGGCAUGUCCAACGAGCUCAACAACAUCGUCUCCCACGCUACAGAUGGCGUCUACGAGGGCGUGGCCAUCGGAGGUGACCGCUAUCCAGGUUCAACGUUCAUGGACCAUGUGAUCCGCUACCAGGACACUCCAGGAGUGAAGAUGAUCGUGAUGCUUGGAGAGAUCGGAGGCACAGAAGAGUAUAAAGUCUGUCAAGGCAUCAAGGAGGGCAGGAUAACCAAGCCGGUGGUGUGCUGGUGUAUAGGAACCUGUGCGACCAUGUUCUCCUCGGAGGUGCAGUUUGGCCAUGCUGGAGCCUGUGCAAAUCAGGCCUUUGAAACGGCAGUGGCUAAGAACCAAGCUCUGAGGGAUGCAGGAGCCUUUGUUCCCAAGAGCUUUGACGAACUGGGUGACGUCAUCAGGACAGUGUAUGAUGAACUGGUGGCCAAUGGAACCAUUGUUCCCGCUCAGGAGGUUCCACCCCCAACAGUGCCAAUGGACUACUCCUGGGCAAGGGAGCUGGGUCUGAUCCGCAAGCCCGCCUCCUUCAUGACCAGCAUCUGUGACGAGCGUGGCCAGGAGCUCAUAUACGCAGGCAUGCCCAUCACAGAGGUGUUCAAAGAAGAGAUUGGCCUGGGAGGCGUGCUGGGCCUGCUCUGGUUCCAACGCAGGUUACCGCGCUACGCCUGCCAGUUCAUUGAGAUGUGCCUGAUGGUGACUGCAGACCAUGGGCCCGCCGUAUCUGGUGCCCACAACACCAUAGUCUGUGCCCGUGCCGGCAAGGACCUAAUCUCCAGCCUGACAUCCGGCCUGCUCACCAUUGGGGACCGCUUUGGAGGAGCUUUGGAUGCUGCGGCCAAGCAGUUCAGCAAGGCGUUCGACAGCGGCAUGCUGCCGAUGGAGUUUGUCAACAAGAUGAAGAAGGAUGGCAAGCUGAUCAUGGGUAUUGGGCACAGGGUCAAAUCGAUCAACAACCCCGACAUGAGAGUCCAGAUCCUGAAGGACUUUGUGAAGGGGCAUUUCCCUGCCACUCCGAUGCUGGAUUACGCUCUGGAUGUGGAAAAGAUCACCACCUCUAAGAAACCCAACCUGAUCCUCAAUGUGGACGGCUUCAUCGGUGUGGCCUUUGUGGACCUACUUAGGAUGUGCGGUGGAUUCACACGAGACGAAGCGGACGAGUUUGUGGAGAUUGGUGCACUGAACGGGAUCUUUGUGCUGGGCAGGAGUAUGGGCUUCAUCGGUCAUUACCUGGACCAGAAGAGGCUAAAACAGGGCCUGUACCGCCACCCAUGGGAUGACAUCUCCUAUGUGCUUCCUGAACACAUGUCAAUGUAACUGAUGACAGCGAGUCGGCACCUCUGGAUGUCAACCCUCGGAUAUGACGGGAAGCAAUUUUCACCUUAUCACUUCAACAACCUCUGCCUUUGGGCAGGGUAAAUCCAGAGGUGGGGGGGAUAUGGGGGAAGAGGGGAGCGUUAGUUUUAUUCGUAGGUCACUAAAGAAAAGGGGAAUAAUUUCACGUUAUUUAAGUUAUGAGUUCAAGAUAAGUUAUUCAAUCGUUAACAAAAAAAAGGAGCCGAACCAAUGCAAGCUGCAGCUGUGGUCACACUAGGUGACUGGGAAAACUAGGUCACCGGUUCACAAAUGGGAUAGUGGCUCACUUAUUUUUGACCAUGCUACCUAGUUGUUUGAGUGAUUGGUCCAUCGCCUACUCACUUAUAUUUUAUUUUUAUAUCUUUUACUAAACUCUCAAACGAUUAACAGUUGGUUGAGCUGUAUAAUAGGGCUAGCCCUGCUUUAGGCCUCUAGGGUGUGUGCUGUUGAAAGUUAGCAUGCUUUCUGGGUGACUUGGUAAUGCACAUAACAUGAACACUAGCUUGCCUAUGGAGAAGUAGUCUUAGUCGGUAAACCUGCAUCCCUCAAUGGAGUGUAAAAGCCUUUAACGAUCCACUGUCAUGUACAUUACAAAACCAAAGUAUUGUGUGAGUAAUAUUGUAUUAGAUUUUAUUUACACAUUUAAUCUAGUUUCCGACCUUAAUCCCCUUCCAAAUUUGUGUAGCCUAUUAUGGUGUGUACUCUGUGGCUGUUCAAGAUAAGGGGGCACGGUUUAACUAGCUGAAUGUUAGUGUCGAUUUGCCACUGCCUUUUUUGUUGUUGUUAGGAUCGCAAUUAUCUGUUGCAAAAGCAACAGCUACUCUUCCUGAUGUCCUUUCUCAUCCCCUCCGUCAUUGGACGAAACGAUCAUGUUAACUUUAUUUUCAUCCAUUUAGAUUUCAAGAAAUUACAAAUGAUACAUGGGUGGUGUUUGUUAAAAAUGUGUUAUUUUAAAAUGUUUCAAAAUAAAGGAAAAGCCAAUAAACAGUCCUACUUUUGAAGGGGUUAAUUGCUUUAAAAUGUGAGUCUUAAACGCAUCUUUUGCGAGGGACCAUGAAGGCAGUGUAUUUUAUCUGGGAAAAUUGUGUCUGAUUUGCACGUAUGACUGGACUACUGCUACCAAGGACCUGACCUGUGUGGCGCCAUUUUUCUUUGACCUCAAUGUUCUGUGACAGGCAUGUUUGUUCUCUUUGUUUUACUCAGUUUUAUUUAAAUGUGAAUUAAAUAUGCUUCUUAGUUUAUUAAAUAUAUGCCCAGAAUUGUUAUAUUGUAGUUUAAUAAAACCAAGAAUGUCUAACUUUU